GAAACGCGGAGCUGAAAAGUCUGUGGAAUACUGAGGGUUUUCUCUUCAGUUCACAUAAAGCCCUUGGAAAAUGUCGACAAUUAAGCCCUAUAAGGUACUCAUCGCACACACCGAUGUUCCACCGGAGGGAAUCGAUAUCCUGCGGGACAAGUGCGAAAUCCUACAGGUGUCAAGUGAACCGCCCAAUAAUCGUAUCGAAGUUCUGGAGAAGAUCAGGGGCUGUCAUGCCGCUGUUUGGGGAGGUCGAGAUCUUCUAAAUGCCGAGGUUUUGGAUGCUGCUGGUCCACAAUUUAAAGCCGUAUCUACGAUGUCCUCUGGGAUCAAUAAUGUGGAUGUGCCGGAGCUGAAAAAGCGGGGAAUACCCCUUGGGAGUACUCCCGCCAUGCUAACUGUGGCGGUGGCUGAUCUGGCAGUGGGUUUACUCAUUGCUGCCGCCCGGAGAUUCCAGGAGGGGCGAAGGAAGAUCGACAGUGACACCUGGGAGAACUAUCACCUUAAUUGGCUUUUGGGACAAGAUAUUCGAGACUCCACCGUGGGUUUCUAUGGCUUCGGAGGCAUUGGUCAGGCUAUCGCCAAGCGUUUGUCUGGAUUCGAUAUCGAUCGUGUUCUAUAUACCACUAGAAAUCGUGUUAGUCUGGAUAUAGAAGAAAAAUUCAAUGCCAAUAAGGUGGAUUUCGAUACUUUGCUGAAGGAAAGUGACUUCCUGGUCAUUGCAUCUCCUCUAACCCAGGAAACGCAGGGCUUGUUUGAUGCCAAAGCCUUUAAUAAAAUGAAGGAAACUGCUGUGCUGGUCAAUAUUGCUAGAGGAAAAAUUGUCAACCAGGAUGAUCUUUAUGAGGCUUUGAAAUCAAACCAAAUCUUUGCCGCAGGCUUGGAUGUAAUGGAUCCCGAACCGUUGAGGUCGACAGACAAGCUUUUGGCUUUGGAUAAUGUUGUGGUCACUCCUCAUGUGGGCUAUGCUACGAAGAGAACUCGCAUCGAUGCUGCUUCCUUGGCUGCCCAUAACGUCCUCCGAGGAUUGGCUGGGGAACCCAUGUUGUCACCCGCUUAUUAAUUGCAAACAAAAUUAAGGAAAAUGUAUAGUAUUAUGUUGAUACCGAUUUCAAAUGUAAAUAAAAUUUGA